GUCUACCUCCGCGCAGUUGCGGAGAUAUUAUCGGUUACCGAAGGUGUAAAUUGCUUACGUUGGUUUGCACAAGCUCUUAAACGGAUUUACGCGCGAUUAUGUCUUCAAAUGAAUGGGCGAUCGCGGAGGAUACAAUAAGUUUGGUGGGCCCAGGGAUCAUGGAGCUGGGGGGCCCAAUAUGCAGGAGCAGGAUAACUCUGACAACAACACCAUCUUUGUGCAAGGUCUUGGAGACGACUAUACCGUGGAGUCAGUAGCAGAUUUCUUCAAACAGAUCGGCAUUAUCAAGAUGGGAAAGAAAGAGAAAACAUUGUGCAGCAGCUAUCUAAGUGAAGUAGUGCUUGUCUUAACAUCGUUUUAUUUUCUCACACAGGUCAACAAAAAAACAGGAUUACCCGUGACAAAUCUGUACACAGACCGAGAGACAGGGAAGCUUAAAUAAAGGGGAGGCUACUGUUUCCUUUGAUGACCCUCCUUCUGCAAAAGCAGCCAUUGAUUGAUUUGAUGGUAAAGAUUUUAAUGGAAAUCCUAUCAAGGUGUCCUCUUCGCUACUCGCAGAGCUGAAUUUGGACGCCGUGGUGGUGCCAUGAGAGGAGGGCCAAUGGGCCGUGGGGGAUUUGGGGGUGGAAGAGGUGGUGGUAGUGGUGGUUUCCCAGGCAACAGUGGCAGCGGAGGUGGAGGUGGAGGUGGUGGCGGCCAGCAAAGAGAAGGAGACUGGAAAUGUUCAAACCUAACUUGUGGUAAUUUGAACUUCUCAUGGCGAAAUGAGUGUAAUCAGUGCAAAGCUCCAAAACCGGAAGGAAGUGGAGGAGGAAUGAUACCGAUGGGAGAUGGUUUUGGUGGAGACCAAGGUAGAGGUGGUUUCCGCAGCUGUGGUGGUGAUCGGGGGGGCUUCAGAGGAGGGAGGGGAGGGGACUGCGGAGGAUUUGGACCCGGCAAGAUGGACUCGAGAGGUGAGCACAGACAUUACCACAGAGACCGGCCUUACUAAUGGGAAAUUCUCUUUUGUCCAAAUAAGCCUUUAAUUCAGUGUGGGACCAGUAUUUACUUCACUUCAACAUGUAUUACUUUGUUGCUCAUGUUUUGUGUUGUAUGUUGUUAAAAUUAUCAUUUUAAGUUCUGGUAAUGUUAUAUUUUUGUUUCAUUCUCUCUAUAUUCUGAUAUUCUUAAUCAUGAAAUGUUUGUUCAUGCUUUCUGAAUUUG